UAACUUAAGAGGGACUGCUACUUCUCACCUGAUCUUCAUGUCCGACAACGUUGUUUCAGAAACUGGUCCUCCCGUUAUCGGAGAAGUAAAGCUCAGGAGAGAAAGAGAUUGGAGUAAUCUCUGUGAUGGCGACCAUUUGGCAGUUAACAUCGGAGAAACGGGGCUUUGGCAUCACGGUAUUUACAACUGUUUCAUUGACGACAAAGGCUGUACCAAACAUUUUGUUUACCAUGUGACGGGAGAUGGAAAAGACCAAGCUGCGAUAGUUUGCGAUCAAUUCUUCGAUUUCUAUGCAAACCGAACUGUUCUCUUUGUUCUUGACUAUCCGGAGGGAGGACGCACUGCAGAGAAGAUUAUUGCCAAAGCUAAAAAAUUGUAUGAGAAUAAAGCAAGUUGGGGAAAAUACAGCACUUUAAGCAAUAACUGCGAACACUUUGCUACGUACUGUAAGGCUGGAAAGAAAAAGUCAGCGCAAGCGGAAGUAUGGGUUACCAUGGCUUUGAAAGCUGUAGUUAAUGAGUGUCGUGGAACAAAAUCCUCAGGUUGUUUAUCUAGUUGCUGUUAGUCUUGUUGACUAACAAGUUAACUAGUACAAACUUAUAUUUCUAGUAUGAAUUGUCUUCGUCUUGAUAUGUGUUACAUUGUAAAGGGCUGCAUGCAUUUGCUGGUUUUGCAAAAGUCCGUCUGUAUUAAUUCAUAAAAAGACAA